CUCCCGUCUUUUCAUAAAGGAUUAGGUAUGAAUUCCUCGACAGGAAGCACGCUAUACAUUACAUACUAAAACAUUUGUUAGUAGAAGAAAAAAUAUAAAAACAUACUCUUCCACAGCCCACAUCUGAGCUUCGUGUUCUCGAGCUUUCCGCUCAUUUUGUCGCUGAAACCAUCGAUUUUCAAAUCCAUUACCCCGUAUAAUACCAUCCCAUCGAUGGCCAGGACGAAUAUUGAACCUGUUCGGUGGUGCAUAGCCUUGGUAUGCCUUUGUAGAUGUCGUAGAUCGUUUCGUCAAAAAUGAUGUUGCAGGGUCGUUCCAUCGAACUUUUUCCUUAAGUUCCUGGUUAUAUUCCGGAUCAUCUUCAUACCUAGAGAGAGGUACAUUUUUUUGCCGUUCCAGCUCUGCAAUGUAUUCUUGUUGUUGUCGAAGUUGUACCUCACCCUGUUGAUUUUCCUUCUGUUGCUUUUUUUCCAAUUCUUGUUCAGCUAGCUUUUUCCGUGCUUCUUGGCGAGCGAGGGUAAUAUCAAUACGUUUACCUGUUGCAUCACGAUAGACAGUUUCUUUACUUUUCCUUAAUUCCUCAUCUGACAUAGCGAACUUCUCCUGCACUUCACUUUCACGUUUCCGCCUCGCUUCUUCUGAAACCUGUUUGCCUGUCACUAAGCCAUACCCGGGACCUUGAUUCGUUGAUUGUUUUGAAGGUUCUAAUUUUGGUUUUGUCUCGCUAGCACCUACAGGUUUCCAACGCGAUGCUGUUAUGGCCGUCGCAUCCUGGGCUUUUUGGGCAAUCGUAUUUUCAUCCAAAUCUUCUAUAUGUUCAUGAUUAACAAUUGUUGGUUGAUCCUGUGAUAUAGUAGCUCCCUCCGAAUAACCUGCGAAUUCAUCGUCAUUUCUCCAUCCAGCAACAUCUUCAUCUUGAAUUUCUAGAAAAUCUGAGGAUUUAGACUUUUUUCUUUUCUUUCCUGUGUCUUUUUUUAAAUAUUUCCUCGCAAUAUAGUCUGCGUUCGACAUAGUUGUUUAGUGUAGAUAUAUCAUAGUUAUGCACGAUCCCUUAACCAUCUUCCAGUUUGUCAGGGAGAUCGCAGUUUUUAAGGCUUUUUAGCGGCAAAAUGGACAUGAAAGAUACGAAACCUUUUUCGAAUGUUAAGCAGGAACCUACGGACGUGAAAGAACCCAAAGUAGAAGAGAAGCCUGCGCAAGAUGCAGCUACUCCACAAAAUCAGCAAAAAUUCUUGGAUUUUCAACUAUCUUGGUGUCCUAAAAAUGAAAGAAAAACUGUAAAUCAUCAUUUAUUAAAAUUUCAUUCUAAUAAAACCAUUGAUCCUAUGAAAACCUUUGUGCCACCCAUCAAGAUGCAAAGACGAGAUCCCCAUGCCUCUUCAUCAUCAAACAAUGAACAGCAAUCUGCUGAACCAGGUAGUUCUAGCAACAUGGACGUAUCUUCUAUUGCUCCUUAUGGAGGAGCUCAAAACAUGAAGCAGAAUGCUUUUAAGCGAAAAACCCGCCAAGUGGUUAAGGUGGAUCCGCAAGUCCGCAGACUUCAGGAGGAAGAACUUUCGCCUUGGAUUAUGGAAGAUUUUGAAGGAAAGAACACAUGGGUUAGUACCAUGGAAGGAGGUCAAUCCUCUGCUUAUGUUUUAUUUAUGUUCUCUGAAAAUGGAUUUAAGGUCAUUCCAGCAGAUCGUUUCUAUCGAUUUAAUCAGCGUAGUAACUUCCAGACUCUCUCUAUUGAUGAAGCAGAGGCGAAGAUGAACAAAAAGACACCCAUUCCUCGAUGGUUUAUGAAAAAAGAUAAUAAUCAAGAAGGAUCUUCGGAGGGAACUGCUUCACCUAUGUAUCACCUCAAAACUGUUCCAAAUGCACGUACAGUUUCUGGUCCUAGGGCUACAGGAAGUGAUGACGAGCUAGAUUUUGACGAAGAGUUUGCAGACGAUGAGGAGGCACCCAUUGUGGAAGGAAACGAAGAGGAUAAUAAACAAUUGGAAGAGAAGAUGAAAAAGGAAAUGCUUACUGCCAAUUUAUUCGGUGAGGCUGAAGAACCUAAUUACGAAGAGGAACAAGAGCGCCAGAUGUCUCAUGAAGGCAAAAAGCUUCAGCGAUAUCUCAAACUAUUGGAGAAAAAUCUGGCAUAUGAAAGUGAUGAAGAAGAUGAGAAUCCCUAUGCUUCACCCAACGAGGCUAGUAGUGAAGAAGAGGUACUUAAAGAAGAGGAAGAGUUACAAAAGCGUGAAGAAAAGGUUAAAUCACGUUUUUCUGCUUCCAAGACUACCACUCCUAAACCUACUGGCACUCCAAGUACAAACUUGAGUCCUCAACGUCCUGUUUCCCAGCUCAGUUCACCUUCUCAAUCAUUUUUGCAACCCAGACCUUCAGAGCCUAUUGUUAAAGGUCCUGGAUAUCUUGCUCUUCGGAUCUCGAGCGAAAAGCUUUCCCGAUUUGCUUCUGACUUUCCUCCUCUUCGCCCUAAAAUUAUUACUACUCCUUCAUCGGAAGCGAUUGCUGGAGCAGAAGGAGGAGCUAAUGCUGGUACUGACGAUUCCAAUCUUAUUACUGAUGCUGAAGUCAUACAGGCCCUCAAGAAUGGACCUAUCACUAUUAAAGAUUUGAUUCAUUUGUUCCAUACGAAAUUUAAGGCAGACACUAGAAAUCGUACAGUGAUUCAGAAAGUUAUUCGAAAAGUUGCCAAAUUUGAGAACAAAUUGUUGGUUUUGAAAUGAUGAUAAAUCGUUUCUUGUGAGAGCACUGUUAUUAUAAGCCACUUUUCGCUAAAUACGUACAAUUUGUUGAAAAGUACAUACAAGAAGCUUGGGAUAUUUUUGGUUGUUUAAGGGUACUAUGUUAUGAGAGUAUGAAUUGAAAAGAAAUUAUUUAUAGGAUUGACCAAGAGCACUAUC